CUCGUAUUGUUUCCGCUUAUUCCAAACACGUGCUGUGUUUCUUUAAACCUAUAAAAAUGGCGACAUCCCUCCCUCUGGUUGAGUAUGGCUCCAGUGGGGAAGGAAGCGAUGAAGAUGCUCCUGAAAUAAAUUACGAAGAAUCAGCAAAAGUUCUCUCAUCUCUGAAGGAUAAAUUUUCAAUGAAUAGCACUCCUGCCGUCAGGAACAAAGAGCCACAGACUAAUCUGCUAAGAAUUGACUCGAAGACAAAAGAAAUAACUUACAAUCCGACGUAUGAGCAACUGUUUGCACCCGAAGUUGGCCCAGUUAAUCCAAACAAGACCCAGCAGCAAUUAGCACACAAGAACAUGCUCUCUGGAUUCAUGGAGCCGGCUCACAUUGACUUAUUUCAAUUUGAAAACCAGCGGAGGACCUACCAAAGCUUUGGUUUUGCUGUUGAUCCUUCGGCUGAUAAGAGUGGAAAUGAAUUGGAGUAUAUUGGAGAUGUGGGUACUAUGAUGGAACACGGAGGGGCUAGCAUUUUUGAAAAGAAAGUGGUGAGGACAGGAGAGAAGAGAAAGAGGUUAGAAAAAGGAGACCCUGCUGUCAUUGAUGGCUACCAAGGCCCAUGGAGAGAAUAUAAAGAUCAGAUAAAAGUGUCUUGUCCAACUCCAGAGGAAAAGGCGAUAAUCGAGGCACAGAAAGGAAGCAAAUUAAAGAAAAAGAGAAGAGAUGAGGAGGAAGAAACAAUAGAAGAGACUACAGUGCUACACAUUGACGACCCUGUUGAUUACAUGGGCCGUUCAUUCCUUCACAUACCUCAAGACAUUGGGAUCAAUCUAAGAUCCGAAGACCCACCAGAGAAGUGCUUCAUACCAAAGAAGUGUAUCCACACAUGGAGUGGUCAUACAAAGGCAGUGUCUAACUGCAGGCUGUUUCCAAAGUCCGGCCAUUUGGUUUUAUCCGGUUCUAUGGAUAAUAAUCUGAAGUUAUGGGAAGUAUAUAACGAGAGAAGAUGCAUUAGGACAUAUUCGGGUCACAUUAAAGCCAUACGGGACAUUUGUUUCAAUAACGACGGAUCAAAGUUCCUUAGCUGUGCGUAUGAUAGAUACAUUAAACUGUGGGACACCGAAACAGGUCAGUGUAUCAAUCAUUUUACAAAUCAGAAGACGGCGUACUGUCUUGCCUUUAAUCCUGAUGAAGAUAAGCAGCAUCUAUUCAUUGCUGGCUGCGUCGAUAAGAAAAUAUACACAUGGGACACUACUAGUGGUGAGAUAGUGCAAGAAUACGACAGACAUCUUGGUCCAGUGAACACGGUUACUUUCGUCGACGAAAACAGAAGAUUUGUCUCUACGUCUGACGAUAAAAGCCUUCGAGUUUGGGAAUGGGAUAUACCAGUUGAUAUGAAGUACGUGGCUGAGCCUCACAUGCACUCAAUGCCAGCUGUCACUUUGGACCCAACUGGUAAAUGGCUAGCCUGUCAAUCAAUGGAUAAUCAGAUAUUGUGUUAUGGAGUACACACUAACUUCAGAUUAAACAGGAGGAAAGCAUUCAAAGGACAUAAUGUUGCCGGCUAUUCGUGCAAAAUUGCAUUCUCACCUGAUGCAAGUAUUGUUGCUUCAGGAGAGGCAAACGGCUCCGUUUGCUUCUGGGACUGGAAAACAAAGAAAAUGAAAAGUAAAUUCAAGGCGCAUGAAGGCGUGUGUAUUGCUGUAAGAUGGCUGCCUCAUGAAACAUCGAAAGUAGUCACCUGUGGCUGGGAUGGACUAUUGAAGCUUUGGGACUAAAAAAGGAGAGGAAAUGAGACAACAAUGAUAUUUUAAGUUUUCAUUCUUU